AUGGAUGACAGCCUAAUCCUCAUUUUUAUUUCAUUUGUAAUAGUGCCUCCAAAUAUCCUGGAUGAGGGAACCAGUGGAGAUCUGGUCGCACGCGAGGGUCAAGAUACAAGUCUCUCUUGCAAGGCGAAGGGAAGACCACUGCCGCGCAUACUGUGGCGGCGAGAAGACGGCACUAAUAUACAGUUGAGGAACGAAGCGGGGGAACUUAGGAAAGUGGACAUGUUCACUGGACCCAACCUGAACCUGAGCAAAGUGGAACGCAGGCAGAUGGGCGCGUACCUCUGCAUCGCUUCCAACGACGUGCCGCCCUCUGUCAGCAAGAGGAUCAUGCUCAAUGUUAACUUUCCGCCAUCAAUUUUGGUUGCGACACAGCUGAUAGGUGUUCCAAGCGGAACACAGGCCAAGUUAGAGUGCUUUGUAGAAGCAUAUCCUCAACCUAUCACAUAUUGGCUGAAAGAUGGAGAGCAGAUGAUUUUGUCAAGUGGCAAGCUCGACAUAUCCGAAGACAGAAUCUCUCAGUACCAACUCCGUACUAUACUCACUAUAAAUAGCUUCACUUCUGAAGACAAAGACCCGGGGACAUACACCUGCGUGUCUGCUAAUACUAUGGGGAAAGCAGAAGGACAUUUAAGAGUAUAUGAAAUAAAAAUAACGACUACGACAACAACGACAACCACUACGACUACAACGACCACAACGACAACAACGACGCCACCACCGACUACCACAGAACCGCCGCCACGUUACGUUGUUCCACUCCAACCAGCUGAGCAAAAGUUUUACACGCCAGAUGUGACUACGUACGAUACAAUGCAAAAUGUUAUCGAGCAGUCUGUGCUGGACAAUAACUGGCUACCUACAGCGGACUCAACAGGUUCCAGAGGCCAAGCCUUGUCCCUUCCGUUUCUCGCUAUCAUCUCACUGCUACCACAGUUAAGUAACAUAAUAAAUUUUAGCUCUAAUAUAUUACAUUCAAUUAAUUAUAGGAAUAAAAUAAUAAAAUUUAUCGUCCAUUGUGCAAGAUGAUAAGUUAUAAAAGCUUUUUAAAAAUCUGUCAAUUUAAAUUACUUUAAGAUGUUUAUUUGCUAUGAGUAAAUUAGA